UUAGAUAAGGAGCCUGCGCUGCAUGAUAGGAGCGGCCGAAGUUCCUGCUCGGUAAAAAUAAAAAUAAAAACCUCGACCCUGGGUAUAGUUGACACAUUGUAUUAUAAGGCCGAGGCCGAGAUGUCACGAAUCCUCUCUACUCUCUACACAACCAGCCAGCGGGAGCUCAGCCGAGAUCCUGCCCUAGCUGUGGGACUAGACUCGACUGGAUAUCGGAGUACCGCGCCGCAACUUGCGUGAUCGUGAAUUAUUCGGUGGGACAACAGUGCUGUAGGUCUAGGCUAUGUGCAGGAAUUUAGACGUUCAAUCACUUUAAUAUCCCCCCAAAAUCACCUUGAAAGAAAGUAAACUUCAUCUUGAUUUUAUUAUCAUCAUGGGACGGAAGAAGGGACAAGGAAAAAAGGAUCAUGGACAUGGAAAAGGAGGAAAGCAGAAUCAUGGCAAACAGCACAAAUUCUUUAAAAUUGGAGGUGCUCCUGAAGAAGGAGCAUCUCUACCAGGGGCAUCCAAUCAUGAAGGAGACGAAGCCGAGGAAGAACCAGAACAUCUCAAGAUCCCCAUUCCUCUGGCAAUGUGGGACCUUCAGCACUGUGACCCCAAGAAGUGUACAGGUCGUAAGCUGGCCAGGAAGCGUCUUCUAAGGACCCUGAAGCUCUCUCAGCGCUUUGAUGGGGUCAUCCUAUCUCCAAUGGGUACCAACUGUGUCUCACCCCAAGAUAGGUCAAUAGUCGAGCACCAUGGCGUGGCUGUAAUAGACUGCUCAUGGGCCAGACUGGACGAGACACCUUUCUCCAAGAUGAGGGGGAGUUUUCCACGUCUUCUGCCAUACUUGGUGGCUGCCAACCCAAUCAACUAUGGGAAGCCUUGCCAGCUGAGCUGCGUAGAAGCACUGGCUGCUGCCCUCUAUAUAACAGGGUUCCAGGAGUAUGCGCUUUGUCUCCUGGAGCGGUUCAAGUGGGGUCCAGUCUUCAUUGAUAUCAACCGGGAGCUAUUGAACAACUACGCUGCCUGCAAGGAUGGUGCAGACGUGGUCAAGGCCCAGCAGAGAUGGAUGACACAACUCAAGCAGGAAAAGGAGAGAAGAAAUCUAAUUGAUCCUAUGGACAUUGACAUGAGCAGGACAACGUACAACAUGAAUCGGCAACCAGACUACGACAUGCCUUCCUCUGAGGAGGACGAUGCAGAAGAUUCUGAUGAUGGGGAUGAUGAAGAAGGUGGCAAGGAUGUCAGGACAGAGGAGGAGGAAAGUGAAGAAGAAGAGGAUGAAGAAGAGCCAGAGGAGUUGCUUCAGCAGCGCAACUAUGACAUGCCGGAUUUGGAGUCGUCUGGCGAAAGUGGCUGUGAAGAGAUUUUGGAUACGGACUUGAUGAACGGAGACGGCUCGCAAGAAAUGAAUAUCUCGUCCGCGCAAGGCUCCAAUGCCCGGCAGGAAAAUGUUGAACGCAUGAAUGUAGAAACUGAAUUAUCCAAGACGUCUACAGAUCAGAGAACUUGUAUGAAGGAAGACGAUCAUAUAUGCGACGAAAGAGAUAUUGCGACAGAAUGUGAUGGGGUUAGCACUGGACUCACAAAACUAGAUAUGAAUAGUUGAUGUUAUUUUAUGUUACAGAGAAUUUACUCUAUCAGUAAGUACGUGCCUUUU